AUGGCUCCACGCCGUGGAAAAGCAGCUGUGAGAAGGGGAGUAUGGAGUGCUGAAGAAGAUAAGAAGUUGAUGUUAGCACAAGAGGAGUCCAUAGGUGGUCUGCAAUUGCAUCAAAGACUGCCAGGAAGAACUGACAACGAAAUAAAAAAUCACUGGCACACCCACAUCAAGAAACGACUAGUACUGCACAAGCACAGCCCUAUGCCAACUACUAAAUCACAACCAUUAUUGCUUCGCAUUGUCACUCCUACAGCAGCUGCUGAGCCAUCAGGAAGCUGCUCUGGAAAUUUCCUAGUUUCAACUCAUCAGCAUAAUCCUGCUUAUUUUUCUGAAUCCCAAUUUCUAAUGACAGAACCAUUGGGAGCAGAUCAAGGUUUGAACGCAUUGGAAAGUUGUGAUCAGAGCACAAAUAGUAGUGCAGAUGCUGGGUUUAAGUUACCAGUUAAUGAGGGAUGUUUGAAGGAGCCCUUAAACCCAUGUGGGUCUCACGGUACUGAUGCAGAAUAUGGGUUUUGGUUCAAAUUGUUAAUUGAAGGAGACAUGGCUGCAGUCUAA